GAAGACAUAAAUAUAUUUUACAUCUGGUUUUUUCUUCUCUACUCAACCUUUAGCGAUCUCUACUGUAGUGGCCGCUUCUUCUGGUUUUCACUUUCAGGUUUAGCCUUACUGGUUUAUAGCUUGGGAAAUGGAUGUUGGAGGAAACUCCUUAGCAUCUGGUGCAGAUGGAAAGAAGAGAAAAGUAAGUUAUUUCUAUGAUCCUGAAGUUGGUAAUUACUAUUAUGGACAAGGCCAUCCGAUGAAGCCACAUAGAAUGCGGAUGACACAUGCUCUUCUUGCCCACUAUGGUCUAUUACAACACAUGCAUGUUCUGAAGCCAAAUCCUGCUAGAGAUAAGGAUCUCUGUAGGUUUCAUGCUGAUGAUUAUAUUGCUUUCUUGAGAAGCGUAACACCAGAAACACAGCAAGAUCAGCUGAGGCAGCUGAAGAGGUUCAAUGUCGGGGAGGACUGUCCAGUUUUUGAUGGUCUUUAUUCCUUCUGCCAAACCUACGCUGGAGGUUCUGUUGGUGGGGCAGUUAAGUUGAACCAUGGACACUGUGAUAUCGCUGUAAAUUGGGCUGGUGGAUUGCAUCAUGCCAAGAAAUGUGAAGCAUCUGGUUUCUGCUAUGUGAACGAUAUCGUGUUGGCUAUUCUGGAGCUACUCAAAGUCCAUGAGAGAGUGUUGUAUGUGGAUAUUGAUAUCCAUCAUGGUGAUGGCGUGGAAGAGGCAUUCUAUACUACAGAUAGGGUCAUGACAGUUUCCUUUCAUAAAUUUGGAGAUUACUUUCCUGGUACAGGGGAUGUACGUGAUAUUGGUUAUGGAAGUGGAAAAUACUACUCUCUAAAUGUUCCACUAGAUGAUGGAAUUGAUGAUGAGAGCUAUCAGUCCCUCUUUAAGCCUAUUAUGGGCAAAGUGAUGGAAGUUUUUAAGCCUGGUGCUGUGGUCUUGCAAUGUGGUGCAGAUUCCUUGUCUGGCGAUAGGCUAGGCUGCUUUAAUCUCUCUAUUAAAGGUCAUGCUGAAUGUGUCAAGUACAUGAGGUCUUUCAAUGUGCCAUUGUUGUUGCUUGGUGGAGGCGGCUACACAAUACGUAAUGUUGCUCGUUGCUGGUGUUACGAAACGGGAGUUGCAUUAGGAAUAGAGCUUGAAGAUAAGAUGCCUCAACAUGAAUAUUAUGAAUACUUUGGUCCAGAUUAUACCUUGCAUGUUGCUCCAAGUAAUAUGGAGAACAAAAAUUCUCGUCAGAUUUUAGAAGAUAUAAGAUCAAAGCUGCUUGAUAAUCUUUCAAAGCUUCAGCAUGCCCCAAGUGUACAGUUCCAGGAGCGACCACCGGAUACUGAAUUGCCUGAGGCUGAUGAAGAUCUAGAGGAUGCAGAUUCAAGAUGGGAUGCUGAUUCUGACACGAAUGGCGAAGAACGUAAGCCCAAUCCUAGCAGAGUGAGGAGGGAACAUGUUGAACCCGAAGGAAAAGGCGCGGACGAUAUGAAAACAGAAGAGCACCUAAGAGAAGUAGAGUCGACAUUCGCAGAGUCAACAAGUUUGAAGGGUGGCAAUUCAAGUUCUACACUGAUAGAUGGAGGACAGAUUAAAGUGGAACAAGGAAACUCUAACAAGCUUUUUGAUCAACCAACUGAUAUUAUCUCUUAAAUAGACUUUUUCAAUCUUUUAAACUUUACUGUAAUGUAUGAUCUUCAAAUUAUACAUUUGAGUCUACUUGUUAUGCACACUAAUUUACAGAUAUGAUAUGAUCCAUGAACAAUCUCCCUCACCUCCCCGAAUCGAAA